UAUAUAAAAUCCCCUUUUCAACAGCAAAGAAUUGUCAUCAUUAUUAGAACUGUAAUUUAUCAUUAUAGCGCAAUGAAUGCAAAAGCAAACAUGGACGAAAUUUAUCUUCCUCGUUAUUUUGGCCCAAGCUACGCGGGGGGUGCGGGCAAGUACGUACUUAUUCAAAAAGGCCGGCCCCCCUAUGCGUGUAAGGCUUGGAUCGGGACACCUUGCAGCACGAAAGUCCUCCUAAAAAAAAAAGGCGCCGCCGCCGUAUUAUCUGAAAGAAAACGAAAACAUGAAAGGCCGGGGCGCUGCGGAGAAGCCGCCGCAGGCACGCCUCUCACCAAGUCGGACGAAGUUUAUCUUUCUCUUUUUUUCGGCCCAAGCUACGGUGGGGGCGCGGGUACCUACCAAACAGAACCGGCCCCGCCCUUACGCGUGUAA